UCUCUUUUUUAAAAAAACCCCCCUCCUCCCUCUAAUUUCUAUCAAGCAACAUUUCAAUCCUUUGGAUCCUCCCUGGAUGCCUUAGACACAUUUUCCUUUUUUUCCUCUCUCUUCCGGAGAAGGGGUUUUCCAAGAUGUCCAGUGACAGGCAAAGAUCCGAUGACGAAAGUCCCAGUACCAGCAGUGGUAGUUCAGAUGCUGAUCAGAGGGACCCACCAGCGCCUGAACCAGAAGAGCAAGAAGAAAGGAAACCUUCCGCAACCCAACAGAAGAAAAAUACUAAACUCUCCAGCAAAACUACUGCUAAGCUAUCCACUAGUGCUAAAAGGAUUCAGAAGGAGCUAGCUGAGAUCACUCUGGAUCCACCUCCGAACUGCAGUGCCGGCCCUAAAGGGGAUAACAUUUAUGAAUGGAGAUCUACGAUCCUUGGUCCCCCAGGUUCCGUAUAUGAAGGUGGUGUCUUUUUCCUGGAUAUCACGUUUUCUUCUGAUUAUCCAUUUAAACCACCAAAGGUUACUUUCCGUACCAGGAUCUAUCACUGCAACAUCAACAGUCAGGGAGUCAUCUGUCUGGAUAUUCUGAAAGACAACUGGAGCCCUGCUUUGACUAUUUCAAAGGUUCUGCUGUCUAUCUGUUCCCUCUUGACAGACUGCAAUCCUGCUGAUCCUCUGGUGGGAAGCAUAGCCACUCAGUACCUGACCAACAGAGCAGAGCAUGACAGGAUAGCCAGACAGUGGACCAAGAGAUACGCAACAUAAAUCACGUGACUACUUUUGUGCAGUGUGAAGGUGCAGAGAUGGCACUUUGCGGUGCGCAACCAAUCUUUAUAGCCUUUACAAUACGGACUUCUGUGUAUAUGUUAUACUGAUUCUACUCUCUGCUUUUAUCCUUUUGAAGAUUGGGAUACUACUUCCCCCCCUCCCCACUCCCCCCCC